GCGCCUCCUCUUCCGAUCUCUCGCCUUCUCCAUUUUUCUCUCUCCCCUUCUUCCUCUUUCUCUCUCAACCGCCGCGCAUAGCCCACCUGCACAGCCGCAUCAUAGGGGACCGACGACUCUGAAUUUUCAUAUCGAACCUCGAUAACAGAUAUCAAAGAGUAGUUGAAGGAAAAUCGCACCGACGGCGAUGCGGAGAGGAUAUCAAUGAGUGACUUUCCCGCCUAAAAUGCUCUUUGAGAAGAGUGUCCAAAACUCUCUCAUUAUAUAAUUGUGAGAAAUCAUCAAACAGGUGGUGGUAGUGGCAGAGACAAAUGCUCGCUAAGCUCCUCCGGCAACCCAGAGUCGCCGCCGUCAACCGUUCCCUCUUCUCCACCCUUCAACUCCCACCACCACCUCUCCAAAACUCCGCCCUCCAAUCACUAGUCCUCUCCCACUAUCGCCACGGUAAAUUCCACAGCCUCCUCCAAAACGUCGUCGCUUCUCCCUCCCUCCUCCUCACCGCCUGCCACAAUCUCCGCAACCACCGUGCCUCCGACUCGCCGCUCACUCUCGAUUCGUUCUCGACUCACUACUUCUCCCUGCAGGACCUCUCCGCUCAGCUCUCCAACAACUCGCUCGACGUUCAAUCGUGCUGCGUUUCCGUUUCCCCCCGAUCGCGGAAAGGUGAAGCCCUAAUUUUGCCCAAUCUAAAGCUCAAAGUUGUACUCGAAGCUAUUAGGAUUGUACUUGAAGUCAUUUACGAUGAUAGGUUCGUCACAUUUUGCUACGGCGGCCGCGCGAAUAUGGGCCGCCACACCGCAAUUAGGUAUUUGAAGAAUUCGGUGGAGAACCCUAGCUGGUGGUUUACUGUUAAAUUCGAUGAUCAGUUGUUUCAAUCUAGACAUGUUGAUAACAUGUGCUUGAUACUAGGGCAGAAAAUUGAUGAUUGUGAUUUGCUUGAUUUGAUACGAAGGUUAUUCGAUUGCAGAGUAGUUUCUGUCAAUUUGGGGGGAAUAUGUUCAGGCAGAGGGCUGCCGCAAGAAUGUGCAUUGAGUUCGAUCUUGAUUAAUGUCUACCUCAAUGGAUUUGAUAAGGAAAUUCAAGAAAUACGCCUCAAAACGAAUGAGGACAAUCCGAGGUUCAAUGAGACCGAGCUUGCUGGCUCUUACUCAAUUUUUCAUAAGCCGUUGAAGGUUUUUGCUGUCCGGUAUUUAGAUGAGAUAUUGAUAAUAACAAAUGGUACUAAGAUGAUGACGAUGGAUUUGAAGAAGAGGGUUGUAAGGUUUCUAGAUGAGGAGUUGGAUUUGAAGGUGGAUAGACAGGUAACCGUUAUUCACAGCGCGGUUUCUGAGAAGAUUGAGUUCAUGGGGAUGGAGCUUCAGGCCGUUGCGCCUUCAGUCAUCCGACCAAGAAAGUCACAGAAGGCGAUUAGGGCGCAUAAGAAGCAUCUAAGGCAGAAGCAAGUCAGGCUAAUGGAGUUGAAAAAUGCAAGAGAGAGGACUAGGAAGAAGUUGGGGAUGAAGUUAUUGAGCCAUGUUCAUAAGAAGUUGAAGCAAAGCAAUGGAUUCAAAUUUGAUUUCCAGAUAGAGGAUGAAGUGAGGCAGAUUUUCAGCACUUGGGCUGAUGAAGUGGUGCAGGAGUAUUCGGCAUCUGUGGAUGAUAGAUGGGAAUGGCAUUGGAUGCUAUCAGCCGGGGACUUCCUCUCCUUGAGGAGGAUUAGGGAUCAGCUGCCACAUGAGCUUGUUGAUGCGUAUGACAACUUCCAAUUGCAAGUGGACAAGCAUUUGAAGCCGGUGAAAGCCAAGAGGGAAUUAGAGGAAGAAGUAAGAAGGCGAGAGGAGGAAGAGGAAGAGAGUUAUGCUCGAAGAACAGUUGAGGAUUUGACGAGGCGGUGCAUCAAAGUUGAGGCACCAAUUGAACUUCUAAAGAAGGCAGUCAAGAUGGUUGGGUUUACAAACCAAAUGGGUCGGCCAAGGCCUCUCAGUUUGCUCACGGUUCUUGAAGAUAUCGACAUUAUAAAGUGGUACGCUGGGGUGGGAAGAAGAUGGUUGGAUUUCUACUGCUGCUGUCACAACUUAAAGAAAGUUAAGAUUAUCAUAAGCUAUCAUCUUAGAUUCUCUUGCAUCCUAACUUUAGCAGAGAAGCACGAAGCCACCAAGCGCGCAGCUAUGGGCCAUUUCACCAAGGAUUUGAAGGUAUCCGAUGCUGAUGGAACUGAACAAGUGUACUUUCCUUCAGAAAGGGAGAUCAUAAUGAUGGGAGAUAGAAAUCUUUCCGAUCCCAAGCCUGUAGACGGCGCUCUGACAAUGGCUUUGAUCAGGUUGGCCUCGUAUGAGCCUCAUCACCGAUGCACUGCUCACUUCUGCAGCAGAUCAGACACGGCGUUUUACAGGAUUCAUCUACUGCAGAACCAUCUUGAUUUGGAUCCAUUGGACGAGAAAUCUUGGGUUCAUGGAAUGGCAGCGAUCCAUGACUGUCUAGAGAGGAAAUGUGCUCCUCUUUGUGGUCAACAUAUUAAUGAGUUAUACAUGGGAAGAUUGACUUUGCAAGAUCUUGAUUGCACUACUUUUGUAGAUGUAGACUGAUUGUAUGUAUAUUUUGCAUAUUGUUUGACAAGGUAUCUUUGGUUGUAUACUACCAUGAUUAUCUAUAGAGUAAACAAGAUCAAAAAAGAAGAGAAGUCUGUCAAAGAGCUGCACAGCCAUCCCAGCUGGAAAGGAGUCCAACCAAGAACGAUCCUCUACUGCACUGUGGCCAGAUACUGGACCACUGGGGGAAAUAGUAGGGGAAAAUUUUGUAUAUUUUAAAAUAUUAUUACUUAUUUUCAGGUAUUUUUAUGUAUAUAGUGUACCAUUGUGUAAUUUUGAAUUCUUAUUGUAUUGUUAUUCAAUUAAGGUUCAGCUUUUGCGUUGCCUUUGA